ACUCGCUUCACCUUCAAAAAGCAGACGCUCGACUGGCGUCUCAUUCUUCACAUCAUCAGCAUGGGCCGUCUUUCGCACACCCAGGCGCUCCUCGGCCCAGAGGUCUUCGAGCUCGUUCGCACCACACCCAUCCUUGUUGUCGGAGCGGGCGGCAUCGGCUGUGAGCUGCCUCACACUUCUCCUCUUCUAGUCAAGAACCUCGUUCUCGUCGGCUUCACCAACAUUGAGAUUAUCGACCUCGACACGAUCGACCUGUCCAACCUUAAUCGCCAGUUCCUCUUCAGGAAGCCAGACAUUUCCAAGCCCAAGGCGAUCGUUGCUGCUGCUACCGCGCACCACUUCAACCCAUCGUCGGGUAUCAACAUCCACGCGCGCCACGGCAACGUCAAGGAGUCGGCCAACGACAUUGAGUGGAUCUCCAAGUUUGGACUGGUCUUGAACGCUCUUGACAACGUCGACGCCCGUCGCCAUGUCAACAAGCUCUGCCAGGCAGCCGACGUCCCUCUGAUCGAGUCUGGCACGGCUGGAUACCUCGGCCAGGUGUCCCCGCAUGUGCACAACAAGACCGAGUGCUUCGACUGCCUGCCCAAGCCCACGCCAAAGUCGUUCCCCGUCUGCACCAUCCGCUCCACGCCGAGCGAGCCCAUUCACUGCAUCGUGUGGAGCAAGAGCUACCUCUUCCCCAAGCUGUUCGGCGAGGACGAUGAGGAGAGCGACGAGGCUGAGCUCGACAAGGCAAAGGCCGAUGGCGAGAAUGCUGAGGAGAUUGAGGAGCUCAAGAAGGAGGCUGCGGCUUUCCGCGAGGUCCGCACACUCCUUGCAAAGGAGGAUGGACCAGAGCGCGUCUUCCGCAAGGUUUUUUACCAGGAUAUCAACCGCCUGCUGGCAAUGGAGGACAUGUGGAAGAAGGAGGGGCGUGUGAAGCCUGUUGCCCUCGACUAUGACGGCAUCCUCCAUGGCACGUUCCCCACUCCGCCCACUCGCGCCUCGGCCCAGCCUGCACCUGCCACGGCCAAUGGCUCUGCCAAUGGAACGACGAGCAAAUCGACGCUCAAGGACCAAAAGGAGCUCACCCUCAAGGAGAACCUCGAGCUCUUCAUCGACAGCAGUCGGCGCCUGAGCGCGCGUGCCAUCGCCCACCCAGACAUUGUCCUCGAGUUUGACAAGGACGACGAUGACACUCUGGACUUUGUCCUCGCUGUCGCCAACCUCCGUGCCACGGCGUAUGGUAUCCCUACCAAGACGCGUUUCCAAGUCAAGGAAAUGGCUGGCAACAUUAUCCCCGCUAUUGCCACGACCAAUGCCAUCAUCGCUGGCCUCAUCGUCAUGCAGGCCCUGUCACUCCUGAAGCGCGAGGUCUCCACCGCCAAGACCGUCUUCCUCAAGGCGGAGGCUGCGCGACCACUGGGCAUGGUGGCACCCGCACCUCCCGACGCCAACUGCGCUGUCUGCCGCGACGUUUACAUCCCACUACACGUCGACGCCAAGCAGUUCACCCUCAGUUCCUUUGUCCACGAGGUUCUGCAGUCGUGGCUCCGCCCGGCCCUCUUCCCCGACGACGAGGAUGCCGAGUUUGAGGCAAGCGUCCAGGAGGGAGGUCGUAUUCUCGCCGACCCAGACUUUGACGACAACCACCACAAGACUUUGGCCGAGCUGGGCAUCCAGCGCGGACAGAUGCUCUCUGUGACCGACGAGGAUGACAAGUUCCGUCGCAUCAACUUUUGCAUUCUUGAGCAGCCAGAGAAUGCCGAGGCCACGUUCUCCCUACCUGCUGAGGUGCCCGAGAUCCCGCUGCGCCCCGUCAAGCCGGCUCCCAAGUCCCCAUCUCCAGAGCCUGAGAUCAUCGAGGCGCCGGUCGACUUUGGCAAGGCUAAGGGUACGAAGCGCCCGGCACCAGAAGACGAGGAGGUGGCGAACGGGGUCAAGAAGCGCAAGGUGGAGAGUGAGGUCGAGAUUGUGGUGGCCGACGACGACAUCAUCCUCGUCGAAUAAUGUGCUGCGGCAUUGCUAGAUUGUACAGUACUGCAGCAUUACUAGAUUUGUACAUACACAUGGCAUUGUCUCUCGCGACACCCAGAUGUAUCCACCCAGAUGUCACA